GAUUGAUUCAGUAGUUUGUUGCUCAUGACAACACAAUAGUAAAGAUGUCUGGUUUACCGCGAGAAGUUCUUAAAUGGAUCCAGAGCCUGGACCUCACUUGGCAAAUAAAGACACCAAAGUGGGAUCUCACAAAUGGAUACCUAGUGGCAGAAGUAUUUUCAUGGUACUUCCCACAAGAAAUUCAAAUGCACUCAUAUAACAAUGGAACAUCACUAGACUCAAAGUUAAAAAAUUGGAGUUUACUCAGAUUGUUCAUUAAAAGACACAACCUAGAUAUAGCCGAGGAACUGUUAGAGGGAACCAUUCACUGCAAGGAGGGAGCCUCUACACUUCUCACCGAACGAAUUUAUGAAAUUUUAACAAAUAGGAAAGUUCGAAAACAAACUAAAGAUGAUGAAAUUGACUUCACCGACCGAGCGUACCAGAACAGAUUACCAAUGCACGCCCGUUCAACAGCUUCGAAAGCUGUCAAAAACAACCUCAGGAUCACAGAAACGAUGGCAGACCAAAAUCUUAUCCUCAGUGCUCAAAAGUCACAAAAAAUAAUCAAUGACCACAUAGAACAUAGACGCCAGGAGCGAUAUGAGAACCCCGUUCGAUUCAAUGUGAAGCCCACUCUAGGAGAGAGGAGUUUACGUAGGCCGCCCGCACAGCCAAAACAACCAACAUACGAUACAGACAAAACACUGGACUCCAUUGGCCAGGAUGGACCCCACCCAGAAUUACCAGCUUACUCCCGGGAACCUAGUGUACAGUUCAAGGAGAUACAAGUGAACCAAGUUGACAAAUCGGCACUGUAUAACAUGCCUGUCCAGGGCUUCUAAUGGCUCAACCUACAGUUAUUCCUAAUGUGCAGAAGUUUGGAAGUUUGUUUUUAAACUGGAUUUUCUGUGAGAUGUUUGAUUACUGCGUAUGAUGAGACCAAAGGGAGAUAACUUGGUAUGUUUCCUAGGGAUAUUACUGGAGUACCUAGGAUCAAACACACAUUCAGGGUGACAGGUUCAGCACAUGGCCACUGGAACAAACUGCAUGGUGGUAGAAUUUCUGUACAAGUUCUAGCUUAGAAGAGCUUUGGUAUCAGACGGACUAUUCUGGAGUUAAAUAAAUAAAUACAAACCAGAAAAAAUAUGUCACAUCAGUUUCAAAAAUGUUUGGCUCAUUUUUGUAAUACAUUCGAUAUUACAUAUUUUUCAUUUGAAACCUAUCUAUGUCAUUGAUAUCAGCUUUGGUGGUAAACAAAUACAUGUAAACUGAA